UUCCCGUUCAUUGUUUAUUGUGUAUUUUCUAAUAAAAAAAUGUAAUUAAAUGCUAAUGUGUGCCAAUUUUAUCAAAAACUAUAAUGAGUGAUGAAAAUGAAAGUUAUUGUCGACUAUGCGCUGAACCACGACCUAAAGUUGAGAUGCUAACACCAGAUAAAGAUAUCGUGGCCAAUUCAAAAGUAAUUACCAAAUUAUCCUGGAUAAACAUUGAUAUUUUCAAUGAAAACGGCCUUCCAAACACAAUAUGUUAUACCUGCUUGGACCUACUAGAGCGUACGUGGAGUUUCCUAAACAACGUGCGAAUUGCGCAAGAGAAAUUGAUAGCUUUAAUAUUAAACACAAGUAAAGACAACGCUUACGAAAUUGAGCAUGAAAACAAGGAUUAUGAAAAGAAAAUACCAGGAAAACCUGUCGACGUGAAUUGGGAGAUCUUCCAAGAGCUUAAACGCGAGAUAAAAAUCGAAAAUUUACACGAAAAUGUGCCAAGUUUAUUUCCUACAGGUACAGUUGUUUUAUCUGAAAAAACCCAAUUAGGUAUCAAACUUGAAGCUGAUAGUGAUGGGGGCGGAGGAGUAAUCGUCGAUUCUAAUGACGAUUUAGAACAGUUCAGCUCAUCAGACAGUGAUGUUCCCCUCAAAAGGGUUGUUAAGAAAAAGCGUGGUCGCACAAAGCAUAAGAAAUGUAAAAGUGACACAAAAUUAAAUAUAUCAUCUACAAAUACUUCAUGGGAUAACCAAGCAUGUAUUUGUGCAAAGUGCGAUGCACAUUGUCAAAGUAUUUUAUUACUCCAACUGCAUUCAUUACAAAAUCAUGAUUGUUGCUGUGUGUUUAAAUGUACACAGUGCUCCAAAGUUUUACCUGGUUACCGAUCAUUUAUACGGCACACAAGAACACAUAACAAAGCUUUAAGGAACUGUUGCGAGUUCUGUAACUGGUCCUUUACGUACUUACCUGAUUUGUCAACUCACAAAAUGAAAUACCAUAAAACAGUUUACAAAACCAAGUGCUGCAACUGCGGUUCGAACUUCGACACACCAGAAGAGUUAGAAGAACAUAAAAACUUAUUUAAUAAAAGUGGAAAGUUAAAAAAGAUUACAAACGAAGGUGAAGAUCUUUUAGAGCAUAAGUGUGAUCAAUGUAGUAAAGUUUUCAAAAGCCGUGCCAAUUUACAACAACAUAAACAAUUGCACACUGAGCGAACAAAAGACUUCGCCUGUCACGUAUGUGGUAAAAUGUUCUACACAAAAGGGACUUUAGGUACUCAUUUAGUUGUUCAUGAAGAAAAACGACCAUUUAAGUGCAAUCACUGUCCACUAGCUUUCCGUGCAAAGGGUAAUCUAAUAUCACACUUAAGUUUACAUUCUGGUUUGAAACCUUUUAUUUGUGAGCAGUGCGGUAAAAGUUUUCGAGUUAAAAGACAUUUAAUGUCACACUCUAUAGUCCAUACAGACUUAAGGCCAUAUGUAUGUGAGUAUUGUAACAAAUCUUUCCGUUUUAAAACUCGUCUUAACUUACAUUUAAGACAACAUACUGGUGUGAGACCAUAUAAAUGUAUUUAUUGUCAGCGUGAUUUUACGAAUGGUUCUAAUUUUAAAAAGCAUAUGAAGAGACGUCAUGGUAUAGACACAUCUACACGAUUGACAUCUAAAAUUGUAAAUAAAAAGGAAUUGAGUGUUAUAAGUGAGACUAUAUCGCAAUAAAUUGUAUAUAUAUUUUGUUUUAGACAUCAUCAAUGUAUGCCUCUAAUGCCCCACAUAUUUGCCACAAAUUUUGUAUGAAAAUAAAAUUAAACAUCUGUAAAUACCUGCAUUACACUCACCAUGUUGCUUAAAAACAAAUUAGUGACAAAACAAAUUCUCAAAAGACUUUACACUUUGUGAGAAUGCAACUUAUUUCUAUGAUGACAACACAAUUUGAAAUUAAAUAUAAACUUAAGAAGCAAUAUAUGUAACUACUAGUGCAUUGCAUCUUAGAUACUUUGAAAUUGACUGUGCUGUCAUAACUUCUAGGAUGGCAGCUGUUUUGUUGUAGGAGAAAGAAAUUAGUGAAAUUUCUCAGUCAAUUGUAGACUGAUGUUGAAAGGCUUAUAAUGUUUCAUAGGGCAUAAUACUCUUGAGGUCUUGUUGUUACCAAGUCAGUGUCUGAUCAGGGGAUCCCUUGGAAGUCAAACAACCUUAAUUUUUAUAGCCUACAUAAAUAUACAGAUAUUUUUUUCAUAUCCUGUCAACCUGCCUUGGAGCAACAUGGUGAGCUAGGCUUCGAAUCCUUCCCUUCUAUGGCAGACGAGGCUUUUGCCCAGCUGUGGGACAUUAAAAGGCUGAUGAUGAUUGUAAAUUAUAUGUAAUGUGUAUAAUACUCAAUUAUUUUAGAAUAUUCAAGCUAUUCCAUUAUAAUUUAUACUAUUAUUAAAGAAAAUCUAUUGCCACAAUAUAAAGUGGUUUUUCAAUGUGCUAUUAAAAAGGCCUAUUAUGUUCGAAUGAAAACUAUUGAGGUAUUGUUGUAAAUACACUACAUAGAAAGCUGUUUGUAAACGGGCUAUAACUUCGGGAUUCGACUGGAACGUUUGAUUUACGGCAAAGAAACAUUUAGGGAGGCCGGAAUACUAUAAAUAUAGUAUAAUACAGCAAAACAAAAUUUCGUAGCCUUCUGCAUCGUAAACACAAAUCUAUACAACUAUAAUCAAUGCUUCUUGAAGAUGGACAUGAAUACAUUUUAUACCGAAAGGAGGUUCAAUUUCCGAGCAGAAGGUAAUAGGUAUUGGAUAUAUUUAAGACCGGGAAAAUGAACUAUUCUGUAGGACAUCUAAAAAAAAAACGAAACAACCGCGGAUGAAGUCGCGGGCUAGAGGUUUUAUAUUUUCAUUCAAUAAUAAACAAUUUAAUAGUACCUUUUUUUUUAGAUUGAAAACAUUUUUUUCGGAUUUUAUUUAAAAAACCAGAACUUACAGGAAGCUUUAGAUCUUCUGGUAUUAAUAAUAUCCUGUGAAUUCUCCAGAAUGCAAACUGUCUUUAUGAAAAAAAAAAUCGCAGUGAGUUAACUAUAAAGUCGUGCAUUUAAAAAAAUUGUUACCCAAAGCUAUAUUUUUUAAAAUUCACCACCUUAUUCUUUUGUUAUUCCGGUAAAUGACACACUUUCGAAUUAAUAGUAUUAGUAAAUAUAUGCUUCACUUAAGUAGUUAAUUGACGUAUCCUAGCCUAGGAGAAACUAUACUUCUCCGGUAUUCUUCAGAACUAUACAUCUCCGGUAGGCUUUACCUACUCUCACAAAAUAGCAAACCUAUUCCCUGGUAUAAGUUCUUGAGUUCCCUAGCUCAUAGCCCGUUCACGAACUAAUUUACGUUUUAUAUUAACAAUAAAAUCAAUGAAAUUACUUAAAUUACGUAUCUAUUUUAUA